AUGCUUUCCUGUGCCAGCAGCGACAUUGAAGCUCGUCUCCGCCGCUCCAAGUCCGCCUCGACCGUCCACAAGCGUCCCAACUCCAUGGCUGAGCCCAUAGAUAUGGAGGCCGUCAGGCAGCAAGCAGUGGCGGCUGCUACAGCGGCAUAUGUACGGGCACAUACUCAAGAUGUGACAGGACGUACCAACAGACCAAGCUCUGAUCUAGCGAGGUCCAAGAGCAACGCCAGCCGCAAAUCUUUCACGUCCCAAGGCAACCAUUUCCCCCCUCGCGGAUCCAGCUUUCGAUCGAUGCAAGCACCAAAAGUUGAACAGAGUAGAGGCAAUCGGCUCCUGUCACAAGCGUUGAUAUCAACUACAGAGCAGACCAAGGAGCAGCCUUCAAGUUUGUAUCCGGCGCCGAUUAUCAGUGGAUCAACGUCGGUACCACGACAGUUGCCAGCGCAGACUCCAAGGACCUCUAGUGAGAAGGCCAGGCCUACCUCUCAACAGAAAACGUUUCGGCCAAGCGCUGCGUCUUCGAUGACCUCGCAACAGAUCAGAAAGGCACGCUCUAUGUACUACGCAAGCAUUGUCCAGACAGGAUCGCCAAUAGGAAGACCACCAGUGGAGCACUUGAACACACCAGUGCCGGUCAAUGAAACUUCAGUGCCAGAGCCUCUAUCUUCGCGUCCACAAGCUCGAACGUUUCGAAGUUCACCUUUGGGAGAGCCGCGCAUACCGGUCACUGUCGCGCCUGGCGUGACACUUGACGAGGCGCGAGACGAAUACCUACAUGAAUUUCAACAAAAUUCAGUCAAACACAAGCCAUCUAUACUCCUGGGACCAUUCAAGAAGAGACAAGAGAAAGGCAACGACAGUGCGAAGAGUACAUCAGAAAAGCAUCCUGCGUCACAGUCGGAGGAGCAGACGGCCGACAAACCAAUGAAUGACAACACCCUCAGUGAUUUCCUGCCAUCGCAAGAGGCGAAAGAGAAACGUUCCUUUUCUGGCUCACUAAAACAUAGAAUCAUGAAAGUUUUCCGACGGACUUCAGCUAAGCGGAAUGACCUUCCUGUGCAACAGAUCGAAGCCAGCCGCGACUACUUUGAUGUCUCCCACGUCAGUCCUCCAAGCGCUGGGAAUACAAACUCCAUACCAUGCCCAGAUGAGGCAACACUACAGCGUGUGCGUGGUCGUAAUUCCUUGCUUGACAGCGCUCGUCCUAAUCAACUUCGGUCUGGGAAUCGAAGCGACAGUACUGGCAGUGGGCGCAGUGCUCGUAGUCUUCACAGCGAAGUCAAUGCUCCCCAGGUGCCAUCAUCCCGAGUGACGAGCUGGGGAACAACUUCGACUGGUGAUACACCAGUGCAACGUACCAUCAAACGCAUGACGGUCAUUCAUGAGUCCAAGGAUAGCGUUGGGAGUGAGGCAGAACGCGCCAAUCCCUCGAUGGAGUCAAGGAGGAAAUCAUUGCCUCUUCCACCGCUCUCGUCCUUUCGCGAGCCCAUGCCCAUGGAAACUCUUACCGAAGAGAAGACAACUCAUAUUGACCCAAAAAGGGUCUUUUCUGCUUUGAUGAGAGAGAUUGGUUCGACCAAAUUGUCUCAUGAAUCAUCAAUACCGAUCAGGCAGAUAUCAGGUGCGGAGAGUGAUGCACUCGAACUGAAUACUGGGAAGCAUCAAUUCCAGAUACGAAACCUGCAUUCCUCUGGAAGCUGUAGUGUCCGUCCAAGCAUUGAUGUCGAUGGGCGACCGCAGUCCCGACGAUCUACACUGGCUCACAGUGUCCGAAGCAAAACUAGCACAAUCAGAUCACUUGGAAGAGCGAUGAGAUCGACCAUCCGUGCAGUGACACCUGUCGGAAACCAUUUUUUACCCGGGGCUGAAGACAUAAAUCUUGAACAAAACGCGGAGGAUGUCUACAAGAAUGACGUCGCACUUCAAUCGACCACUAUUCCCGAAUGCAAAGAUAGCCAAGAGAGUAACAAUGCCGCGGAAUGGCCGCAUGGUAUCAACACAUUCAUCCCAUCUGCCUCACAAAUCGAAAGGCGCGUGGAGAAAACUAGAGACCGCUGGAGAGCCCAGCUUGGAGAGGCUGGGAAUUUUCAAUUUCCACGUGAGACGGACAAGACGUACGAUGUUGCAACGUCUGUUGCCCAACCUCAAAAGACCUCAAAUAUCAGCGCUGAGCAGACUGAGAAAGCAGAGGAUUACAGCCACACAAUCGUUAACCAAAGUCCUCGACAGCCACAAACAACACCAAAAGCCAUCACCUCACCACAGCCGAAGCUAAUAAUGGCGCCAAUGUCUCCUAGCAUCUAUUCUCGAAACACAGAUGGUAUUAGCAUCAAUCCGAACGACAGCAUCAUGUCUUUCGACGGCCCCGGCCAGCUGGGGCAGUCCCAAAACGCUGGCUCAGCUGUCAUUUCUACGUCUCAGUCUGUGAGAAGCUACGUGGUAGGGACUCCAUCACCACAACAUCAAGCAGCAGCUCAUACGAGUCGCGACUGGAGGGCUUGGCUGUCACAUGAAAUUUCGGGAAUGGAGUUGGGCAGUCAGGAGGAUCUCUCCAUUACCGGACAAUAUAUCAAAUUAUCGAAAGACGGAUCUCCAGAUCAUACGCAUACGCAAAACACCGAUAUGAACGACGCCGCAUCUAAUAUAAAAACGAAUGAUAGCGUGUCUCGUGAACUUGGAUACCCGAACAAACCACUUCUAGACAGGGUGGGUGAUGAUACUGGCAUGGACAUUACAAAUACUCAAGACUACAAUGCUUUCGCAAAAACGUCGAAUUUCGAUGAUUCUCGGAACAUUUUUGACAUGGGAAUCACGACAAGCAGUCAAGUAGACCAAAAACCACUAUCUCAACCAGCCUCUUUAGUAAUCAAGUCGUACCCAGUUUCAACGUCUGAGAGUCAUGCCUCAUAUCCUACAGAGUUUGACACGCCCAGGCAGUUUUCGAAAGAUAGUCACCUAACUGUUAUCAACACUUCUCGAUGUUCCAAUAGUGAUAGCCUGGCCUCUCGACGCUCGAAGUCGCCGACUGACAGUAUGACUGCACCCAAUUCACCAAAGUCUCCAAAGUCUCCGCCUAGGCCCGCGUCUCGAUCUACGUUCCCUUCUCCAUGUUCAGACGAUACCCUUGAACCAAUUUUGAUAACACUCAAGAUAAGACGCACACAACUAAGGGCAAAGGAAAACUUGACACCGCAGUCUGGUCGUAGCCAAAAAGAGCUCACCCCUCCACCUCGACCAAAAAUGCAGCAACCACUAAGUUCAGCGAUACUGUAUCAUAGCCUUUCAAGAGCCGACCAGCAAGACAAAAUAUCACCCGUAUUCAGUCCCAAUAAAUCGCAUCCGAUUCCAACUUCACCACCACUACGUCCCCGCAUCCGCGUCAUCGCCCGACCCAUCUCCCCUGAGAAACUUGCUCGCCGGCCAAAAAGCGCAUUUGACUUGCGAUCAACAAACAUCAUCUCAAAGACUCACGCUAUACAUAUCACACCACCCCCCGCAUCUCCCCCCAAACCCUCAACCCUCUUCAAUGCCGAGUCCGCGAGAAGCGACACCCCAGGUCAUCGCAUGGCGGAAAACUUCCUUCGACAACGCAACAGCACAACCGCGCUUGGUGGCAGUGCCGGCACGCGUAGAGGAGGUAUGGUGUUGGUACGGGAAGAUACGCCCGCGUUCUUAUGA